GGAAAUCAGGCGUAGCGUUACUUCAUUUUCUGAAAAUAUUGUCUUGAAGAAUUGAGAAUGGCUUCUUGUGUCUUGUGUGGUGGGUUCUGCAGAUAACUAAUGAUAACACUUACGCCAUAAACGUGGACGUGGAUGAGUUAGGCUUUAACCUUUAAGAUUGCACGAGUCAACGUUCUUGAUUUCACGUGACGAAACUCAACAGCACCCUUGACCUCGAGAGGUUCCUUCAAUCACAAGUCUUUUCUUGAACCUUGAAGCAAUUUUUGAAUCCGAUUCUUCAAAAUGAUCGCAUUGUAGAAUCAGACGUUUGAUGGCAAGGAAUUGGAUGUUAGACAGAAACAAACGGCAUUGUUGAGCUUCUUGCAUUACACUGAACCUUGGUUCAGCAACUCACUGUUGAUUUUGGUUUCUCCAUCCCCUUACCCAAAAUUUUAAAGACACAAAAAGCUAUUGCCAUCAUUAAUCUGGUUCUGUUCAGUGUCACACUCACUAUCAUAAGUUCUUAACACUUCACAGAAUGAAGCCCUUUAAUCCGAAGUGUUGCAGUGUGUAUUUAAUUAUUUAUAGGUUUCACGAGGCGGCUUAGACCGUUAAUUUUACGCUUUCGUAACUUUUACGCCAUCGUAGGUUAUACGCAGAAAUUAGUAAAUUUUCAAAGCCGCUGUCGUUAAUUUUUCGGAAAAUGAAUAUAUCGCCGCCAAUGGGGCGUUUAUAAGUAGUAGUUGUUGGUAACUACUUACGACACAGUGCUUGCACUCAAACUGUUCGAAGAAAUGCCUCAUAAAGAGCUGUUUUAUUCAACCUCACAAAGGCACAGUCAAUUCAAUUCCUUGCCUUUGACCCAAUUUGUCCUUGACAUGCCAUCAAUGCCGCUAUCUCGCUCUCUCCAAUUUUUCUCACCCUCUCCAUUCUGCAUUCUCUCUCUUCCAUGCUGCCAACUAUAAGCUCCACCACCCCGCCGACGAGAAUAGAAGGCCACACGCCAGAUAGAGACGAAGAGGAAAGGGUUUCUAGUCACUUUCAUCAACUGAAGUUGGUUUGGAAUUGAACUUACACUUCUUGUGAGCUCUGAAAACUUUGGGCUAUGAAUACCAUGGGGAAUGCAAGCAAAUCACCAUUUCAAGGUUUUCUUGAGGUUCUUCCACCUGUUGAAUUUGCCUGCGUCUAUGGAUCAUCUCUUCAUCCCAACAACCACGAUAAGACGACCAUGACAGAUUUUAUUCUUGGCGUGUCUGAUCCCAAGCAGUGGCAUUCUGAGAAUCUGAGAUUGAACAAGAAUCAUUAUGCAUCAUGGAUGGUGCAUCUUGGUGGAGGGAAGCUGAUUACAAAUGUUGCAGAUAGAGUUGGUGUGGGAGUACAUUUCAACCCUUUCGUUACUUGGAAUGGGAAGAUGUACAAGUAUGGAGUUGUUCGAAUGUUUGACCUAAUUAAUGAUGUACUGCAAUGGGAUAAAUUCUACUUGUGUGGCCGUUUACAGAAACCAGUUCAUAUUGUUGUUGAUAAUUUGGAUAUCAACAGCUGCAAUGCUGUUAACUUGAGAGCUGCAUUAUCAACUGCCCUUCUCCUUCUUCCAUCAGAGUUCUCUGAGGCAGAUCUAUAUGCCAAAGUGUGUAGCCUUUCAUAUAUGGGUGACCUACGAAUGUUAUUUGCUGAGGAUAAAAACAAGGUGAAGAAGAUUGUAGCUGGUCAAUUUGAUCUAUUCCACUCUAUGUAUCAGCCAUUUCUUGAAGAAUGUGAAGCUAAGAAGUUAUUGAGACUUUCAUCCACUGCCAAUCACCAAAUAGUUGUCUCUCAGGACCGUGACUUAUCAGUUGUUCACUCUUUAGUUUCUGCACUUCCUCGACCAAUCAGAAGUAGUAUUAAUAUGAAGCAAGAGAAGAAAUUGAGUGGAACAGGAAAAAUCGUAAAUGACAUUGCUAUCAGCUCAAGAGAACAGGCUGCGAAUUGCCUGGAGAGAAUUCUUAGGCGAAAAGUUAUGGUUUCAAGUGCAAGACAGGCAAUUUCCGGCUUGCUGGCUGUUGGAGGGGUAAAUGCUACCAAGUACCUUGCUAAGAAAGUUAAUAAAGCCUGGAAGUCAUGGAGAUGAUUUAUGCUGUAUUGUGGAAAAAUCAUACUUCUUUUGCAUGGGAAUUAUAGAGAUAGAGGAGUAUAGUUUGAUUUACUAAUACAUUCUGUUGUUAAAUCUAGCGGCACUUUUGACUGAUCUAAGUGUGCCCUUGAGGAGAUUGAAUACUGGGAAGAGAUGUUGGGCAAAGGGAAUAUAAUCAGUGCAAAUAGCAAUAGCAUGUUUAAAUUCGCAUUUACAAACCCAUUUGUCUCUUCUGUUCUCCAAUUUGUGGUUAAAAGUUUUCAUUGUGCUCUCUUCCCCUAUGGAAAGUGCAAU